CUUCGGGUGCCUUCGUGCUGCACUGCUGCCUCAACCAAGGAUUUCUGUUGCAGUUCACGUUUUUUCAAGCUAAGUACUGCAUAUGAAUUUUGAUGAGCAUUGAUCACCAAUGGCUCCGAAAACCGGUGCGAGAUCCCAGGACUUCUCGCAGCGAUUUUUGUCCUCGCUGUCCGAUGCUCUCAGUGAGCUCUGCGUGAUCAUACUACUCCAUGUGGCUGCUGCAGCUUCAUAUGCGGCCACAAGGCUGGCGCGCGUCACCAGACUAAAGGCGCCAUGCACGCUGUGCUCACGGGUGGACCAUGCACUCCAUGGCAAGGCAUGGUUCUCUGCGGAUUUGGUCUGUACCGCCCAUAGGUCAGAGAUAUCAUCUCUGGCAUAUUGCACAAGUCAUAGCAAUCUUGCACAUUUUGAUGACCUCUGCAAAAGAUGCCUUCCUUCAUGCACCACCACCGAUGAGGUUAACUCUUGGCCCAGAUCGAGAUCUAGACGUCUGUGCUCUUGCUGUUCGGAGCCAUUCAAGAAGACACCGCAGAAUACGAAGAAGCUUUGUCAAACUGCAAACAAUCCUGCCAUACCCAAGGUUGUAUCAGAACAGGUUCCUGCAGAUCAUUCAAAAGAGAAGGCAUUUGUGGUAGAUAUUGAGGAAGUCAGCGAAUCAGAUGGUUCACUAGGAACAUAUGAACAAUCUACAAAGGACAACAGUGCUUCUGUGAAUGUUGGAUCAACAACAAAGCCAGCACCCAGUGGAUCUGCCGUGCUUUCGCGCAUCUUCGUCGACCGCAACAGUAGCAUAAAGAACACUUUUAUUAGUAGGAUCAACAUGCCAUCUCCUCGUCCAUCUGAGAUAAUCUCUGCCAGGGAUAACAAUUCCACCACUCAACAAGAAGUGAAGGCAUUCCUUACUCAGAUGUCCUCUGUAAGGGGCCUUGACUUUUCUUGGACUGAAGGAACAACUAGUCCUGAUACUAAUGUUCAGAACGAUGAAGGGAAUGGUACCGGCAGGAGGCCAUCCCUCGAGAGGAAUUACUCCGUACUGGAGCCAUCAGAUGCGAACCUCGUCACCGGUGAAUCUGAAGGGGAUAUUGAGAGUUUGAAGCGGCAGAUUGAGCUCAACAAGAAGUCAAUGGUUGUCCUUUACAAGGAGCUCGAUGAAGAAAGGAGCGCUUCGGCAAUUGCGGCUAGCCAGGCAAUGGCCAUGAUCAACAAAUUGCACGAGGAAAAGGCUGCGAUGCAGAUGGAAGCACUGCAAUAUCUUAGGAUGAUGGAAGAGCAAGCUGACCAUGACCAUGCAGCGAUUCAGAAUCUACAUGACCUGCUUACGGAGAGGGAGAAAGAAUUACUUGACAUGGAUUCCGAACUUGACAACUGUCGGAGGCUACUCCAGCAUGAGCAAUUCUGUGGUGGAAAAUUUGAUGAUACGAUGGAAAAUACAAGUGGAUAUGAUAGGAAUGUGUCAUUUGAUGCCUUGAAUGGCUCAUCGCUGUUAGUUGAUGUCUUGCAUGGAUCUGAUUUCAUGACGAGCACCAUGUCAGGUUUCGAAGAAGAGAAGGCAUACAUUUUGCAAUCUCUGAGCAGAUUGGAGGAAAAGUUUUGCAUUUCUACAGACAGGCUAGCUUCUGAUGAUGCCAAAAACAAUCAAGAGGACAGAUUGUCCAGAGAUCAGACAGGGGAUCAAUCAAUUUCUGUUCAGGAAUCAGUUGAGAACCACAAGGAUGAAUGUUCAUGUUCUCCUUUCGACAAUGACAAAAUUAGCAACAUAACGAAUCUCAAGGAUGAAAUUUCUCUAUUGGAUACGAGAGUUAGGGCGCUUGAAGAUGAUCAUGAGUUUCUCAAGAGGGUACUCAGUUCCCUCAAAGGUAGCACCGAUGGGCUACAGUGUGUACAUGAGAUAACUGGCCAUUUACGAGAGUUGCGAAGAGUUGCGGUUCAACAAAGACAUGUUUUGUCUUGAGCAGUUCUUCUCAUGUGGAUAUCUACAAUAGCCUGGUGAUGAUGGUGCUUCCAUUUGGCGCCCAACGGGGUGUCGGUUCUGCAUUUUUCGUGUUCUAAAGAUCCAAGGUACAGAAGCGAGUGCAAGAUCAUCUAAUGUUCUCUGGUCCUGAGUGGCUAAAUGUUGAAGGGACCGUCACACUGAUCAAAACACAUGCAUCUCCUGUGCUAACCUCCUCGUUGUUCUUUCUGUCACCUCUUCAGCAAGAUUACUGAUACAAAAAAUAACAUUUUCUGUAUGCUGAUCUCACCUGGCGAGUGCGGAAAUUAGGAGCAAAUCUGUAACUGUACAUGUGACGAAAUGCUUGCCGGU